CACUUAUGUAUACAGAUGCCCUUACAGUAUUGAGGCCAAUAUCUUUGAAAAUUAUUUAAUCAGGCGAAAAUUUGGCGAAAGUCACUUUUCGAGGCUAUUGCGAGUGGGUGUACAUUGAAAUACUGUCAAACUGGCAUCAGACACCACUUGCUAUAGAUUGAACAAAUAGGAUACUGUAGAAAAUAGUGUUCCUGACAAUUGAAAUUUUAUUUUCAUCGAAUCUACAAUUUCUAGAUUACUCUUUUCAUCUCCAUAUAAUUUAACACUAAAUAUUUUAAUACCAAUUUGUUAUAUUGGUGCCUUUUUCAUUUACUCGAAAUUAAAUGUGCAAAAUGGACACAUGCCCGGGUGACUAAUCGUCGGAUAAGCCGGAUUUGUUGGUUUACUCCUUUUGUUUGUUGAAAAAAAAAGUAAAUAAAAAAGGCAGCGAGUUUGAAACUUUUUAAAUAAUUUAAUUCUCAUCUUUCGAACUAGGACAUUUUAAAAACGACAGAUGCUUUCAAACACUGAUUUUACACAAGAUCCGGGUCUCUGGAUUGUCAUCGGUGUUAUCUUUUUACCACUAAUGGUGGCCAAUAUUGUCGCAUGGCCGUUUUAUCUGCGGCAGUUUCCUAAGAACUUGGUACAUUAUGAAACGAGCCCAUUUUUUCAAGUUAUAGUUCUUGGAUACAGAUACAUCAAGUUCUUUUAUCCGGUUCCAUUGAUUUUCAGCUUUCUUGCCAUAGCUACAAGUUUUUUUCCGAUCGUAUCAUUAUCGAUGUUAUCCGUGUCAAUCAAGUUUAUAUUUGUGGGUCACAUUUAUUCGAUCACCUAUGAAACUUGGCUUGGCUUACUUUCGAUUGACCGAUUUUUGAGUUCACGGGAAUCAGCGGAACCCAAUAGAUUUUUGACUCAAAGAAGCCUUACAGUAUUUUAUCUGUUAUUUAUUUUUGUCACGGCCAAAGAAUUAGGAUUUUAUCUUUGGAUUUCAAUAGUUUCCGAAGACUCUGAUAAGAACAAACUGUUGCAAGUGAUUUUCUAUUACUACACAAGCUACAUUUUCUUGCAAAUAAUUUUGUUCAUUGGAAUGAUAUUUCAAUUCUUGAUGAAAUCAGAGUCUCAAGAUCAACUUACUCGUCAAACAAAAAUCAUUGGAGCAACCAAGCUUGGCUUGUUUGUUCUAUUCCUCUUGGGUAUUGUGACAGGAUUCGUUUAUGUUAGUACAAUCUUCGCAUCUAUCGACUUCAUUUUGGUCCCGUCGGUCAUUAUGUUAACAGAGAUUAUGUGCAGUCCAAGUCCAACUGGUGAAACAAUUAAUUAAGAUUUUUGGUUUAAUUAUACAUAAAAUAAUUCAAGUUACAA